CGGAUGGAGGAGGCCGCAGCCGUGGUGGCCGCGGCCGGGGAGGCCGAGCUGUUCCUGUCCCGCCUCAGCGUGCCCCUCGAGACACUGGAGACGGAGUUGGAGGCGCGGGCCGAGGAGCGGCGCGGCGCGCGGGAUCCGCUGCUGCGGCUCCUGCUGCCGCACAACCGGCUGGCGUCGCUGCCGCGGGCGCUGGGCAACGGCUUCCAGCACCUCCAGCUGCUGGACGUGAGCGGCAACGCGCUGACCGCGCUCGGGCCGGAGCUGCUGGCGCUGCGCGGCCUGCGCACGCUGCUGGCCAAGAACAACCGCCUGGGCGGGCCCGGCUCGCUGCCCAAAGGCCUGGCGCAGUCGUCGCUCCGCCGCAGCCUCCAGGUGCUCAACCUGAGCGGCAACUGCUUCCAGGAGGUGCCCGCUUCGCUGCUGGAGCUGCGCGCUCUGCAGACCCUCAGUCUGGGUGGCAACCAGCUGCAGAGCAUCCCUGCCGAGAUCGAGAACCUGCGGAGUUUAGAGUGUUUAUAUCUCGGAGGAAAUUUCAUCAAAGAAAUCCCACCCGAAUUAGCCAAUCUGCCGUCUCUGAAUUACUUGGUGUUAUGUGACAACAAAAUCCAAAGUGUGCCUCCUCAACUCUCACAGUUGCAUUCGCUUCGUUCGCUAAGUCUUCACAAUAACUUGCUGACAUACCUGCCUCGAGAGAUCCUCAACCUUAUUCAUUUGGAAGAGCUGAGUUUACGAGGAAAUCCGUUAGUUGUCCGUUUCGUUAGAGAUUUAACCUAUGACCCCCCAACUCUCCUGGAAUUAGCUGCACGGACUAUUAAAACCCGAAAUGUUUCCUACACUCCCUAUGAUCUUCCUGAGAAUCUUCUCAAAUACUUGAGUUUAGCCAGCAAUUGUCCAAACCCAAAGUGUGGAGGCGUCUACUUUGACUGCUGUGUCAGACAGAUUAAAUUUGUGGACUUCUGUGGGAAGUACCGCUUGCCGCUGAUGCAUUACUUGUGCUCCCCAGAGUGCUCUUCCCCUUGCAGCUCAGCCUCGUACAGCUCCACCUCCCAGAGCGAGUCCGACUCGGAAGAUGAAGCGAGCGUCGCUGCACACAGGAUGCAGAAGGUUCUCCUCGGCUGAAAGUGCGCAGAGGCGCUUUGAGAGGAAAAGGGUUUGAAGUUCACUAGAACCUCACCUCAUUUCAUCGUGAAUGUCCCUGUAUGUACUGGCGAGGAUGUAAAAGAUUUUGUGUUUCAGCUACUCUCUCAGCAACAAUCCAACUCCAUGUUUGUAUUCUUUGAAUAUAAUUGUCUCUGAAUGGCAGUUUCAAAUCUGGUUGAUUUUAAUCUUCACUCAAAUUUUGCAGGAAUCACCCAGCAGAAUGAGACAUUCAGAACAGUACUGUACUGAGCCGUGACUCGUGGCAGUAGAAAUGACGAGAGAGAGCUGUACAUAUUUCCAGAGUUGGCCUUGGGUUUAGGUUGAACUCUGAGUCAUGAAAGAAAUGUUACCCCCCUCUUGUACUGGGCAUAUAUCUAAAUUAUAGUGCUAUUCAGAUAAACCCAGAGCUGGUUACAUAGGACCCUCAUCUUCCUGAACUGCUGUGGAAAAGUAAGGAAUAUAACUUUCAUAUGGGACAGUGAAGCUCUUCAGUUCUGCUCCUGUAUUCUACAUGGUUCUUGUUACACCAAGCCAGCAAGGGCUGUUAGUAUAGUGCCUUAUUCCUAAUAAAGAUAGAGAAUCUCAUUCAAGAAAAAAAUGCUAGAGCUGCCUAUAACCUGACGUACUAUGCAGAACACUUUAAAAUAUGCUUUAUUAGAACUAGGUCAACAAGCGUGUCUGCCAUCUGAGCACCUGCGCCUUAGCUGCGUGUUUUUUUGAAACAGCAAGUGAAUUCUCUGCACGCAGCUCACUCUGGGCACUUUCUGGGAAGCCACGGUCUUGACCCAUCUGUUCAUCAUACGCGCGGACACCAGUUCACAGGACAAAGAAUUCGGAUAGAUGUAAGCCAUGAAAGCUCUUAUAUGCCUUACAUUACAAGAGAGAAAAGAAGCAAGAAAAUGUAUGUAACGCUUUUGAUCGCCAACUCUGACGUUUGCCUGUGCCAGCCAACAAGAACUGUCACUUUCUAAUACAACUUUUAACUCUCACUAAACUAGUACAACUAGCCAAAACAAAUUAGGGGCAGGAGUCAGUUUGUCUCCACAACUGAUUUUAACCAUGGAAUACAUAUGGAAAAUAACGCAUCGAUGAUAGAGAAAACUCCAUAAAAAUACAGUGGAAAAUGUUUCACAGAUUGCUAUAAGAAAUUACCAAAUUUUUGUAUUUACUAUGUUGUACAAAUUGAAUAAUAGUACAAUCUAAGUUGGUAUUACAAGAUAAAAUACACAACACAGAAUAGCAAUAAUUAAAUAAUCAACAUAUAAUAACACAAUGGCUUAUUGGUAAGUGUGGCUUAUCCCGCCCGUAAUGUACAACCCUGACAUGCGUUAGAUCAGAUGACCUGCUUCCUGACUGGAUGGCCUUCCAGACUAGGGUACACCAUUUCUGUUGCCCAGAUGUCUAGAUCACACGUCUAGAUUGUUGUAUAAUAAUGAUUUAUACUUGUAUUAUGUAUUUUCUUAUCUGUGUACCAUAUUUUAGAGGAAAGUGUAAUGUAGAAUAGUGUGUGUGUGUGUGUGUGUGUGUGUGUGUGUGUUUUCAUGAAACCAUGAGUUUCAUGAACUGCAGUUGUGAAUCGCUGCUAUAGAGUGAAUCAUUUCACUUUGUUUAUAUUGUAGUAAGAGUCUACCUUCGAUUCAGAAAUUUCUGUUUAGAGGUAACCUAGUGUAUUUCUUAUGCCUAGCAAACAGUACCUGAGUUAUUGCGUCAUAAAAUGGAAAUGAUAAAAAGUAAGUCUACUUUGCCGCCCCCAUUUGAGCCACAGUAAACUGCAAACCACCAGAUUAUGAAAGGUAAAGAUGACUUAGACAGUGCUUACAUGACAAACCCAAAAUAUUUUGGAACUUGGUUAAGAUACAUGAAAUAUUUUCAUAGAAAAUGAAGAAUGUAUAUGUACAUAGUAAAAUACACAAAUUCUUAUGACCAAGUUUUUCUCUGUUUUAAAUGUCUUUGUUUACUUUCCAUGUGGCUGCCAGCUUGUCCUAAAAUAUCUCGGGUACUCUAAGAGCUAGUCUCUGGGUGAAGUCUGCAAGCAUUUUGCUUUAAGCUCACCUAAGCCCUUGCAGCUUCCUCGGAAGAAUGGAUGCGCCUGAACUUUGAUAGACAUAGGCAGGUUCAACCUGAACAAGCUUCCUUUGUUUGUUUAGCCUUUGCUAUACAAUAUAGAUUUAUACUGUAGUGUUUCUCAACAAAAUGUACAGUUGAAAGUCUAUAAUCUGUGUGUAACCAACUUUGGUGCCUUUGAAUGAAAUCUAUAUUUUAGUUAGUAGGUUUUUUUGUUGGUUUUUUAAUCUUUGACCUAACUUUUUACAAGAGCUGCUAAUAGUUUUUCCUAUUUUUCUUCAUUUCUUUCCCCUCCCUCCAUCCCACCCUUUCACUUUAAUAAUGGGACGGGAUAAUUAGGAAACCAUAAUAUCGACUCCCAAACCAUAGACUGUAUUUAGAAUGAGAGCCUUUCUCAUUAGUUGUUACGUCACAUGUUUAUGUCUAAACUAGUUAAUAAAUGUCACCUGUUUUG